UGGGAUGCAGAUGGUGGUUACACAAGGGCUAAAGUUUGUAAUGCUGCCCUUCAAAAUACCACGUGACCUUCCUCAUGGCACCACAGUGGAGUGGAGACACAACAGUGUGAAAGUAUACAAGUGCAUAGCUAUAAAUUUUGGCACACAGCACCAGCCUCGCAGAGAUCGUGCCAGGAUGGAUGGAUAUCCACUGACAACUGGAGACUUCAGUCUGACCCUUAGACACCCUCACCUCAGUGACAGUGGAGUCUACACCUGCACCGUCAACAACACAUACAGAGACAUCCUGCUACAGAAAGUGGUGACUCUCAGUGUCACAGAUAAUGAAGUAGGCGUGUUGGAGGUGACACAAGGGGAGAGGUCUGUGCUGCUGCCCUUUCAAACCACAGCUGACCUUCGUCAGGGCGUCACAGUGGAGUGGACACGCUCAGACUCCAAACACACCAAAGUCUGCGUGUUUCAGAAAAGCCAAAGCCAGCCAGACAAACAGCACCAGGGUUACAGAGGUCGCGCAGAGAUGGAUGAAGAUGCACUGAGAACUGGAGACUUCAGUCUGACCCUGAAAGACCUCCGCCUCACUGACAGUGGAGUCUACACCUGCACCGUCUACAACAAGAAUGGACACAUGCUGCUACAGAAAUCAGUGACUCUCAGUGUCAGAGCAACCUUAAAGGGAGCCAUGGCAGACAUGCUGGCACGUCUCAGGAGGAGGAGGAGGGCACCAAAAUCUGAGAUUAAAGUGGAAAAGAGGAACAGGAACCAAGAACAGGAACGUCUGACUGCUGAAGAAACAGUCUGAGGAGGAGGAGCUG